AUGUUUACAAAGGCCAUCAUCACCGCUGCCGUUGCUGGCCUCACCACCUUGGGCGCUCACGCGGAACCUCUCACAACAGACCAGGAUCGGGCCCUGAAGACCCUCAACGACGCCCGCAUCGUUGCUGGCGUCCACGUGCUUGACUGGAACACAACCCUCCAGAAGGACGCCACUGCCUGGGCCAGGAAGAUUGCCGCCGCUGGCUACCUCGAGCGCGCUCCCGCCUCGCUGCGCAACGGCGCCGGGGAGGUUGUGGCUUUCUUCCAGGCCCUCGACGCCGAGGAUUCUGCCCUUGGAUACCCGCUCUCUGAGGCUGCCAAGCUUUGGCUGAACUCUGGUAAUAUGGCCAGGGCUGGAACUGUUACCCGCCAGGAGGCGCUCAGCAAGACUGAGCAUCUCUUAUCCCUCACGGCUACCGACAUCGGCUGUGGCACCGCCCACGGCACCCUCAGCAACGGUGCCGAGGACCCUCUUCGCGUCUACGCUGUGUGCCGCAUCUUCGAGGACGUCUCUGAGAACAUUAAGCUCUCAGCUCGCCAGAACCUCGACCCCGGCCCUUUCUGGGGCGACCUCACCUUCUUCAACCCUGGUCUUGGCGCCUGUGGUAGAGUCGACAGCGAUGGCUCCAUGAUCGUCGCCCUUUCUCACCUCAAGAUGGGUUCUCAGUCCAAUAGCAAUCCCCUCUGCGGCCGUCAGGUUCGUAUCAGGGGCCCCAGGGGGGAAGCCAUAGUCACUGUCGCCGACAAGUGCAUGGGGUGCUCGAUCCAUGACAUUGACGUCAGCCCUGCCGUCUUUGAGAAGAUUGCUGGCAGCCAGGGCCUUGGUCGGGUCGGCAACAUUGAGUGGUCUCUCAUUUGA